CGUGAACUUAAGAGCGAGGGAAGAUCAGUCGUAGUGUAGAAUUUUUUUUUCUACAGGUGAAAAUCCUUAAAAAUUCUUUUCUUUUUCGCCAUUUCACGGCUCGAUGUAGGACCGUUCUUUUCGCCUCAUAUGUUGCAACAUGCGGCUGUUCGUGCCAGGGAUCAUCAUGACCGUGGCUGACGCGACGAUAAUAAGUGAGCUGUAUGUGCACAGGGACGGAAUCAAGGGAGUGGGAAAAGUUGCUAUUACGAAAGAGGUAGCAAGCCAACUGGAAUGUGCGGCGCUGUGCCUUACCGUGCUGUGCGUCUGUUACAACCUGGAGGUGCGGAACAGUACGCUAACCUGCGCAGCAUUGUCAACCAUAAGGGAAUUCACAGAGCAACCUUAUACUCGCAGUUUUUUCAGUAGGAAAGGCCUGUACCAGCACCUGGGCUUCAUCCGGUACAAGGAGCAGUGGGUGAUGGCGCGCGACCCGACGCUCCCCCGCCUCACGUGGGACGACAGCGUGGCCUGGUGUCGCUCACUCCCGGGGUCCGUGUUCCUGCCGCAGACCCUCGAGGACUUCGACUGGAUGGUGGAGAUCUUCCGGACCAAGUACGAGGAUGGCUACAUGUUCUUCCCCCUCAAUGACAAGGAGAAGGAGGGGGAUUUCGUGUGGGUUAACGGGUCGUCCGCUAAAAACGCGACUCAGAUCCGCUGGCACGAAGGCCAAGAGGGCGCCGGUAACACCAUAGAGGACGACUGCGUGGCCAUCGAGUCGUACCAUGACUACACCCUCCGCGUCCACGCCUGCGACCACACGCACUACGCCAUGAUCUGCGCGGGAGACGGAUAGGAGGGGAUCCCGCGUUCUGUUCAGAUGCAGUUCGUUGCUACUUGUGAAUUUAUGUAUCGUAAAGCAGUGAUUAUUACAACGGCUGGGAAAACCGUUACAAAGUAAUUAAAGGUACCUAUGGCAAGACAUUUCCCAGAAAAGAAUAUCAAAACUACGAAAACCACUAAUAAAUAAGAACCGACCGUACUGUCCUUCGUUACUAUUAUUGGACAAGUACCGCUAGGAUUAUUUUAGUCUAGAAGUAUUAAGAACACUUUCGAAAUCCGCCGUAAAUGACGUGGUUUUCCCAGCUGACAUUCUAGCCGAGACAUUCACAUUUUCUCAUUGAUUUUUACAUAAAGUGUUAAGGGAAUUCCUGGUCUGUGGAAUAUAUCACGUUUUUUUUCUUUUUUUUUGAGAUAAAGGAAUUCGUGUCAAAUUGUUCUGCAGAUUCAUGUAGAAAUGUACAAUUUACCAGAGGCCUG